GUGACGCGCCGUUCGCUCCCCUUCUUCUGCGGUUCCUCCAGGGUUUAGAGCGCAAAAGUGCCGCGUCCUCUGCCUUGAUCCCAAGCACUUCUUGGCAUAUCCCGUAAUCUAGAACGGGCGUUGCGAGGCAGAAGGACGUGGCAGGCAGGUAGCAUCCCAAUGCCAAAUGCCGCCCGUCCCGCGACCCUGCUGAAACCACUAGCAACCACCUCUGAAGUUAGAUAGGCGGUAAUCGAGGCACUCCCCCUGCUGUCGCCCGCGGUUUCCAAGAGACUCAGAAACCAGUUUGUUUCCUCCUGUUAGUUGUGUACCUGUCUUACGGGGCGUUGGCCAAGGCUGGACGGAGUCUAGCCUGAGCGAUCAGCCAAAGGCUGUUGUCAGAUGUCUCACUGCCCCCUUUCAUAUUGGGCUGUGAGCUGCGGGUUAGGCAGACUUGGUUUCUCUUUCAGGAUGUCAUUUUCGAAAUGCGGAAUGAUGCUUCUGCCUCAUUAAGUUCCUUAGGACGACUGCCACACCUAGACUGUUGCUUAUCGAUCUUCACCGUUAUUCCCUACUACCGUCCUGUGCCAUUGAGUUAAGAUGCCUUAGACUUAGGAAAAGAACCAUGGAGAAGUAUGUUAGACUACGGAAGAUUGGAGAAGGUUCAUUUGGAAAAGCCAUUCUUGUUAAAUCAACAGAAGAUGGGAAACAAUAUGUUAUCAAGGAAAUUAAUAUUUCAAAAAUGUCCAAUAAAGAAAGGGAAGAAUCGAGGAGAGAAGUUGCAGUGUUGGCAAACAUGAAGCAUCCAAAUAUUGUCCAAUAUAGAGAAUCAUUUGAAGAAAAUGGCUCUCUCUACAUAGUGAUGGAUUACUGUGAAGGAGGGGAUCUGUUUAAACGAAUAAAUGCUCAGAAAGGCAUUUUGUUUCAAGAGGAUCAGAUUUUGGACUGGUUUGUACAGAUAUGUUUGGCCCUGAAACAUGUACAUGAUAGAAAAAUUCUUCAUCGAGACAUAAAAUCACAGAACAUAUUUUUAACCAAAAAUGGGACAGUACAACUUGGAGAUUUUGGAAUUGCUAGAGUUCUUAAUAGUACUGUAGAACUGGCUCGGACUUGCAUAGGGACCCCGUACUACUUGUCACCUGAAAUUUGUGAAAACAAACCCUACAAUAAUAAGAGUGACAUUUGGGCUCUAGGAUGUGUCCUUUAUGAGAUGUGCACACUUAAACAUGCAUUUGAAGCUGGCAAUAUGAAAAACCUGGUACUGAAGAUAAUAUCGGGAUCUUUUCCACCCGUGUCUUUGCAUUAUUCUUAUGAUCUCCGCAGUUUGCUCUCUCAGUUAUUUAAAAGAAAUCCUAGGGAUAGACCAUCAGUCAACUCCAUAUUGGAGAAAGGUUUUAUAGCCAAACGCAUUGAAAAGUUUCUCUCACCUCAGCUUAUUGCAGAAGAAUUUUGUCUAAAAACAUUUUCCAAGUUUGGAGCACAGCUUAUACCAGCUAAAAGACCAGCCUCAGGACAAAGCUUGGCUUCUGUUGCGUCUGCUCAGAAAAUCACCAAGCCUGCUGCUAAAUACGGAGUGCCUUUAACAUAUAAGAAACAUGGAGAUAAAAAAUUACAUGAAAAGAAACCACUCCAAAAACAUAAACAGGCCCAUCAAACUCCAUUGAAGAAAGUGAAUCCUGGAGAAGAAAGGAGGAAAAUGUUUGAGGAAGCACCAAGAAAGAGAAAGUUGGAAUGUACUGAAAAAGAAAAGAAACAAAAAGAUCAGAUUAGGUUAAUGAAGGCUGAACAGAUGAAAAGGCAAGAAAAGGAAAGGUUGGAGAGAAUAAAUAGGGCCAGGGAACAAGGAUGGAGGAACGUGCUAAAUGCUGGUGGAAGUGGUGAAGUAAAGGCUACCUUUUUUGGCAGUGGAGGGGCUGUUCCAUCAUCUUUCUAUUCUCGAGGACAAUAUGAACAUUAUCAUGCUAUUUUUGAUCAAAUGCAACGACAAAGAGAAGAUAAUGAAGCCAAGUGGAAAGAUGCAAUACAUGGCCGAAGGCUCCCAGAAAGGCAAAAGGGGCAGCUAACUGUGGAAAGAGCUAAACAAGUGGAAGAGUUCCUACAGCGAAAGUGGGAAGCAAAGCAGAAUAAGGCACGAGCCGAAGGACAUAUGGUUUAUCUUGCAAGGCUGAGACAAAUAAGAUUGCAGAAUUUUAAUGAACGCCAACAGAUUAGAGCCAAACUUCGUGGUGAAAAGAAGGAAACGGACAAUUCCGAAGGACAAGAAGGAAGUGAGGAGACUGACACGAGGCGUAAAAAAGUUGAAACACUUAAGAUCCAAGCAAGUGCACGUGCUGCUGUACUAAAAGAACAAUUGGAACGAAAGAGAAAGGAAGCAUAUGAGAGAGAAAAGAAAGUAUGGGAAGAACAUAUGGUUGCUAAAGGAGGAAAGGGUUCUGAUAUGUUUCCUUUGGGACAGCAUGAAACAGGUGGCUCUCCAUCAAAGCAACAGAUGAGAUCUGUUAUUUCUGUGACUUCAGCUUUGAAAGAAGUGGGUAUGGACAGUUUAACCCAGGAAACCUCAGAAGAAGUGCAAAAGGCUAACAGUGCUAUUUCAAGUAAACGAGAAAUCCUACGUAGAUUAAAUCAAAAUCUUAAAGCUCAAGAAAAUGAAAAAGGGAAGCAGUGCCGCUCUGAUAUGCAUGAGAUAAUUGUUCAUGAGGAUACCAAAGAGCAGGAGAAAGAAAAGUCGGUUUCAUCUGAUCGCAAGAAAUGGGAGGCGGGAGGUCAGCUUGUGAUUGCUCUGGAUGACUUUACAUUGAACACAUCCUCCUUUGCAACUGACAAAUAUACAGUGGGGGAGGUUAUUAAAUUAGAUCCUGGAGGAUCUCCAAGAAGAGUUUGGGGGAAAAGCCCUACAGAUUCUGUUCUAAAGAUACUUGGAGAAGCUGAAAUACAACUUCAGACUGAACUAUUGGAAAACACAACCUUUAAAAGUGAUAUUUCUCCUGAAGGGGAGAACUACAAACCCUUAAUUAGUGGAGAAGAAAAAGUAAAAUGUGUUUCACUUGAAAUGAACCCAUCAGCUACUGUUGUUUCUUCUGUUGAUAGAAACAGUCCAAAGUUUAGUGAGGCAUCUCCACAGAUGUCAUUGAAACCAGAAGAAAAUUUGGAUGAACCUGAUGACUUGGAAACAGAAGUUCUCCAAGAGUCAAGUGAAGCAAGCAAAGAUGGUAGCUUGCCUUGCACUGUUACGGACGUGUGGAUUAGUGAGAUAAAAGCAACAAAAGAAUCUAAAAUGGAAGAUAGGAUCACCACCAUUCAGCAAAAUGAAGUUUCUGAAGAUGGAAUCCCGAGGAAUGUGGAUGAACUUAGUGAAGUUCAUAUAGAACCUGGAAUGGAUGAUUCUCAGCACUCUAAAUGUGAUGUAAAUAAAUCUCUGCAACCAGAACCAUUUUUCCAUAAAGUGGUUCAUUCUGAACACUUGAAUGUAGUCUCCCAAAUUCAGUCAAUUGUGUGUUCACCAGAAGAAUCCUUUCCCCUUCGAUCUCGCUCUGAUUCACCACCAAGAAAUAAAAACACGAAUUCCUUGCUGAUUGGACUUUCAACUGGCCUAUUUGAUGCAAACAACCCAAAGAUGUUGAGGACAUGUUCACUUCCAGAUCUCUCAAAGCUGUUCAGAACACUGAUGGAUGUUCCUACUGUAGCAGAUGUACGUCAAGGCAAUCUUGAAAUAGAUGACAUUGAAGAUGAGCACAUUAAAGAAGGACCUUCUGAUUGUGAAGACAUUGUGUUUGAAGAAACUGACUCAGAUUUACAAGAGCUUCAGGCCUCUAUGGAGCAGUUACUCAGGGAAACACCUGGGGAAGAAUACAGUGAUGAGGAAGAAUCAGUUUUAAAAAACUGUGACAUAGAGCAGACUGAAAUUGGGACAGAUCUGGCAGAUGAGGAUGACAAUCCCAGCAGUGAAAGUGCCCUAAAUGAAGAAUGGCACUCGGAUAACAGUGAUGGUGAGAUAACUAGUGAAUGUGAAUAUGAUAGUGUCUUUAAUCAUUUAGAGGAACUGAGACUUCACCUGGAACAGGAAAUAGGUUUUGAAAAGUUUUUUGAGGUUUAUGAGAAAAUAAAGGCUGUUCAUGAAGAUGAAGAUGAAAACAUUGAGACUUGUUCAACAAUAGCUCAGAAUAUUCUGGGAAAUGAACAUCAGCAUCUUUAUGCCAAGAUUCUUCAUUUAGUCAUGGCAGAUGGAGUCUAUCAAGAAGAUAAUGAUGAAUAAUCCUCAGAACAGUCUUUAAUACUCAACUGUAUGCAAGUGUUUAAAUUUGGUGCAUCACAAUAACAAGCUUCAGUGGGAAUGUAGCAAUUUUUUAAUAAAUGAUACAUCAGAUUUAAGAUGCCUAUGCUGAUUGCAUGAAAAAGAUGGACAAACAUACCAUUUUUCAUUUAAGAUUAUAGUAUUUUAUGUAUUUUAUUUUGUUUGUUGAGUUCUAUAGUUACCUCCUACAGAAUAUAUACUUUAUUAAAUCAUCCAGCCAAAGCAUAACAGACAUUGAUCCAGAACUGGACUUAAUGGUUUUGAAGAAGAUUUACCAUGCAGUAAAGUAAUUUUUACUUUCAGCAAAUGUCUUUAGAUUGAAAGAAUUACUUACGUUGUGAAAGACAUGCCUGCGGUUUUUCAUUUCAGUAUUUAAAUAUGACCUUUUUUCCUGUUUAUUUUCUUGGCCAGCAAUUAGGUAUUAACCUCCUCAAGGGCUCUAUUUCAAUCAUUACAUUUUGAAGAUGGAAUUUUUAGCCUUAAAAUUUUUAUUCUCAGUCCUUUUUCAACCAGUGCGUCUCUUGAACUAGUGCUGUGGAAACUGGCUAUAGAAACUGUGAUAGAAAAUUGUCGAAAAAUUUGAUUAUGAAAGAAUAGCAAAAUUAUAUUUCCUGAUAUUCAUAAAGGGCGGUUAAUGGCCAGAACCAGGAAUAGUACACCUAGCAAUUAGUCUGUGAAUUUUACUAUUGCCUAGCACAUAGCAUAAAGUUGCCCUUUUUGUUUUUAACUUUCUCUCAUUCAUGUGCUUUAAGGGUAUAUGAGAUUCAAAAGGAGAAAGGAAUCAUUUUUAUUUUGACACUGUGACGGUUUUGGUAACUAUUAUUCCAAAGCAGGGGAAAUGACUGCCUCUUUUAUUUCCAUUAUAAGAGGAUUUUUUUAGAUCAUUUAGAUGAUAGUCACACAGCUUCAGUUGCAAUAUGCCAGGUAUUACAUGGUUUCAUUAGAAAUGUCUAAAGUCCAGAUGCUUUUAGUAAAAAAAGCAGAAGUUUUGAAACUUGAGUGCAAAGCAGCCUGAUUUGCAUAAUCUAUAAUUUGAACAAUAAAAUCUUAUCUUGCA